AUGAAGGAUCAUAGGAAGUAUAUCAAAUGCCUGUACGUUUACAACAAGAUUGACUCCGUCUCUCUCGAUUUCCUCGACAAACUCGCCAGAGAGCCACACACUGUGGUCAUGAGCUGUGAGCUUGAUCUGGGCAUCCAAGACGUGGUGGAGAGAUGCUGGCAAGAAUUGCAGCUAAUGCGGAUCUAUACGAAGCGGAAAGGGGAAGAACCAGACUUUAGCGAAGCACUGAUUGUCAGAAACAAAUCUUCAAUAGAAGAAGUCUGCGAUCAGGUUCACCGAACGCUUAAGGAGACAUUCAAGUAUGCUAUGGUGUGGGGAGCUAGCGCUCGACAUGUACCCCAGAGGGUCGGGUUAAGUCAUAUUGUGGCGGACGAGGAUGUUGUUUCGAUUGUCGCCAAAUAG